AUGGAACCUCAGUACUCUGGAGGCAUGGUUUUAAAUCCAGAACUGGAACAUGGACUCAAUGGCUGGACACCCUUUGGAGAUGCAAAAUUAGAACAUCAAGAAUCCGAGGAUGGAAACAAAUACAUUGUUGCUUCAGACAGAAGUGGACACCAAGACAGUUUUUCACAGAAGUUUCACUUGGAAGAGGAAAAACUCUAUGUCUUAUCUGCUUGGUUACAAGUAAGCCAUGGAAAGGCUCACAUUGCUGCAGUAUUCAAGACAAAAAUCGGGGAUCGGCCUGUUGGAUGGGUCAUGGCUCAACAGGGCUGUUGGUCCAUGCUCAAGGGUGGCAUAGUUGUUGAUGUUUCCAGUCCGGUUGAACUCUUUUUCCAGGCCAAUGAUACUGCAACCGAGAUAUGGGCAGAUAGCAUUUCAUUGCAUCCAUUUACUCAAGAGGAAUGGGAUUCCCAUCAAGAUCAAAGCAUUGAGAAGAUAAGAAAGCGUCAAGUAAAAUUCCAAGUUGUUGAUUCUCAAGGCCUACCAUUAGAAAAUGCAAAAAUAUCUGUGAAACAGAUACAACAGACAUUUCCAUUUGGCAAUGCAGUUAGUAAGUUCAUUUUAGAGAACAAGGCCUAUCAAGAAUGGUUUCUGUCCAGGUUCAAGUACACAGUAUUUGAGAAUGAAAUGAAGUGGUACUCGACUGAGAAAGGUCCAGGGAAAGUAAACUAUUCCGAAUCUGAUACCAUGCUAAAAUUUGCCAAGGAGAACAACAUCUUGGUACGAGGUCACAAUGUAUUAUGGGACGAUCCUAGGUAUCAACCUUCAUGGGUAAAAAGGCUUCCAAGAAAAGAUCUACCAUUAGCCACUGAAAAAAGAAUGAAAUCUAUAAUGAAACACUACUCGGGCCAAGUUUUUCAUUGGGACGUUAUCAAUGAAAAUCUCCAUUUUUCGUACUACGAAGAGAGAAUGGGGAGAAAUUCAUCAGCUACUUUCCUACAAAUGGCUCAUCAAAUUGAUCAGAAGGCAAUUCCUUUUCUGAACGACUACAGCACAAUAGAACGUCCUUCAGAUACAUGUGCGACUCCAGCUAUGUACUUAGAGAAAAUCAAAUUGAUUAGAGAACAAGGCUAUCAUGGGCCUUUGGGAAUUGGGCUUGAAUCACAUUUUGAUACACCAAAUCUACCUUAUGUUCGGGCUUCACUCGAUAUGCUUGCCUCCACAAAACUGCCAAUCUGGAUUACAGAACUCGAUGUUUCCCGUAGACCUAAACAGGCAUUGUACCUAACUCAACUCAUAAAGGAGUUUCAUGCACAUCCAGCAAUUCAUGGCAUAAUAAUGUGGGGGUCAAUGAGUACUAAAGGAUGCUGGAAAAUGUGCUUCACAGAUAAAAAUUUCAAUAACUUGCCAACUGGGAAUGCCCUCGACAAUAUAAUGAAGGUAUGGAGGCACGAAGGUUUGCUAGGCACAACCGAUGCUUAUGGUUACUUUAACACUUCUCUUUUUCAUGGAGAUUAUGAGGUGGAAAUCCGUCACACAAUCGAAAAUUAUUCCAAGAUCCGUCAAUUAGGGAUGGAGCCAUCUGAUAAAAUUCAAGAAGCACAUUUCAAAUUUCAUUUUAUGCGCAAUUUACUUGAUUACAAUAGAAGACUUAAUUUUAUCCAUGUGAUUUUUAUUACCACUGUUGUUGUUAAUGGUGUUACUCUUAAUUUUUUUCCUGAGAUGAUUUUGUCAAUGUUACUGCCAAUGAUUGAUCGUGCUUUCAUUUCAAGCUUAGUUAUUGAUAAGCCUCCCAUCCGGUUUACCUAUUCUAGAAGGGGCAGGAAGCUUGGAGAUCCAUCUGGAAGCAGCAAUCGGAUAGAAAGUAGAGGUGAUAGAGAUACAGAGUUUACUGAACUGGCUCUUGGUAUCAGAGCACGUCGAAUCCUGAUGGCCCAGAAGAAAAUAGAGAGUAAAGUGGAAGCCAUUGAGAGGGAGGUGGAGGAAAUGAAAUCAGAGUUGCAACGACUAGGUGGUUUGGAGAGGUCGGUGGAUCAUCUCACACAGAGCAUGGCAAGAAUAUUGUAG